CAGUUCCAUGCGACUUAAGUAGGUCGAAGGUAAACUGUCAUGUCCGCUGUGUUGGUAACUUUAGCAAGUUCCUCAGCAUUUACGGCUAUAAAGGUGUGAAUUGUUUACAGUGAAUGCUGGUGACAUGCUGCUGAAAGAGAGCAGCCUGUGUGUUUGAAACAGAGUCGCUAUUCGACGCAAAUCCCGCGCUGGAUUGCUGUGGAGGCUUGAAUAACGUGGAUUACAGUCAGAUGGACAUGUCUGUGUUGGCAGAGCUGUGGAGGUUAAUAGACCUGACGGAGCCCCGGUUCUGCGUGGCUGUUAUUGCCAUCAUCUUCAAUCCGUUCUUCUGGAAUGUGGUGGCCAGAUGGGAGCACAGGACCAGAGGUCUGACCCGUCUGUUCGGAGGUCCGUACGCGGCCUGUUAUUCCCUCGCUGUGCUCAUCCUGCUCCUCAAUGUUUACCGCAGUCACAGUAUUACAGUGGCCAUGAAGGCUCACCCUCGCUGGGAGCCGCUGGAUAACGCACAUGUGUACAGUGCAGGAGCAGCUCUCAUGGCGCUGGGAUCGGUGUUUGUGAUCAGCAGCUUCAUGGCUCUGGGCGUCACUGGCACUUUCUUGGGGGACUAUUUUGGCAUCCUCAUGGAUCAGAAGGUGACUGGUUUCCCCUUUAAUGUGAUGGAGAACCCCAUGUACUGGGGCAGCACCGCCAACUACCUGGGCCUGGCCUUAAUGAACGCCAGUCCUGUCGGAGUGAUCCUGACCGCAGUGGUCGGCUUGUCCUAUAAAGUAGCUAUUGCAUAUGAAGGACCGUUCACUGAGGAGAUCUACCGGCAGAGGAGCCAGCGCUGCAAGCACAAGUAAAGACGCUCUGAUUCCUGCUGCACGCUCUGGGAUGGCAAACUGUGGAUGCAGAUGAUUUCUCAUGUAAACACCUGCAGCAUUUAAAUGACUGUGUCUGAUUGAUCUGUAUAAUACUCUGAUGGUAUAAAGAGAGUUAACGAGCACAGCUGCAAAUUGCACAUUGAUGCUUAACACUUGAAUGCAAUGACAAUCUUCAUCUGUAGCCAUCCGAUAUCCAGCUGCUGCUAAUCUGUAGUUUGCUCACAUAUCAUAACCAUAAAAGAUGUGAUUGUUUUAAUUUCCUCGAUCCAUUCCUAAUGCACGUCUAGGCUGAAAUCAGCUGUUCUAGGGUCCGUUUGAUUUAUGUUAAUGUACUUUGCUCUGUUUUAUUUCAGGAUGCAUGUUUUUCUUUCCAAAGGUAAAAUAAAUGGACACAUGCUGUUCUUUCUCUAUGUACAGUACACUUUUGUUCCUACUCUAAUGGUACAGAUCAGAGAUUCCCAAACAUUUUUGUCAGCUGAACCCGUUAGACGCUAUAUAUUUACUUGAAGUCCCCCUGAGAAUUUAAGCUUUUAUUCAACAAUGCAUUUGCAUCUUUAUGGCUCUCUGAUAUUGGUUAAUUGUCACAUGACCUGCAAUUAAAUGAAUAAAAUAUUUAAUCUUU